AACCACCUAUUUCAUUUUCUCACCACAACAACUUUGGCUUUCAAUGGCAUUUAUUCCACCAAAGCUCACAGAUUUUAAUAUUUGUUCAUCUUUUUGGGUAGUUAUUCUUAAUGACUUUAUUGCAAGAUUUUGUGGUAUGAUUGUAAAAUCAAUUUGCAUCAUAGCAGUAGGUCAUCGUCCACCAUUUAAACGUCGUGGUCAAUUAUAUAGUGCAAUAGAAUCUGCAACCCAUUUGUAUAGAACACUAUUACCAAUUACAGUGUGGGUCAGUUAUUUAUACUCAUUACAACAAAAUGGGGAUCAUAUUUUCAGCAGUGUUAUGAUUGGACUUUAUUUAACCAUCAAACUAUCCUCUACUAUCGAAAGAGUUAAACUUUGUUUCUCAACAUUGCGUGCAUUCGUCCUGCACGAAGUUCUCUAUGGUAAAAAAGCUACAUCCGAACAAAUUAUGGAAGCAGGUGACGUUUGCAGUAUCUGUAGAUCCAAUUUAAUCUCACCAAUCGUUUUAAGAUGCAACCAUAUCUUUUGCGAAGAUUGUGUUAGUCAAUGGUUCGAACUUGAAAAAACAUGUCCUAUUUGUAGAACACCAUGUAGAACCGCUGGUAACAAAACUCAUGCUGAUGGAUCCACAACAUACUAUCUUCAAUUGUUUUAAAAUAAAAUAAAUAAUCUUAUUUUAUAAAUAA